GCGUGUUUUUACGCAAUCUUUUUCAUGGAUAGAUCGCUCGUGACGCUGGUCCGAAACGCGAGUGAUUUGCUCGAGUUGGCGAAGGCUCACGAGCUCGUUGUUUCGAGCGGCCACAGCGACGAUCGCUUCCUGGCCAAUCUCCUCGUCCAGAGAUACGGCAAAUGCGGCAGCGUGAGAGACGCCCGGGCAGUCUUCGAUGGGAUUCGCUCGAGAAACGCCUUCUCCUGGGCGAUCAUGCUGGCGGCCUAUGUCCAGAAUGGACACGACUCGGAGGCGCUGGAUUUGUUCGCCCAGAUGAGCAGAGAAGGUGCCCAGCCGGACGAGUUCGCGUUUGCCAGCGUUCUCGGGGCGUGUGGGAACCUGAAGCAAGGCAAGGCAAUUCACGCACAGAUCGAGAGCUCUGGAUUGAGGCCUGACGUCGUGCUUGGAACUGCGCUCGUCAACAUGUAUGCAAAGUGCUGGGCUGUGGAGGAAGCAAAGGUGGUGUUCGACCAGAUGGCCGAGAGGAACGUAGUUACGUGGACAGCCAUGAUCACGGCGUUUGCCCAAGGUGGGCUUUUGCACGAGGCACUACAGGUGUUGAAAGGGAUGGACUGCGAAGGCCUGAAGCAGAACGACGUGACUUUUAUCAGCCUGUUGGGAGCUUGCUCUUCUGCUCAAGACGUCCACCGAGGCCGGGAAGUUUACGCUCGAGCAGUGGCUUGCGGCUACCAGUCUCACACCGCUGUGCAAAACGCCGCCGUCAACAUGUUCGUCAAGUGCGGGAGCGUUCCCGCUGCAAAAAAUGUUUUCGAGGGGAUGGAGGCGAAGGAUCUCGUGUCGUGGAACGAGAUGAUCGCGGCAUUCACGCAGAAAGGCCUCGACGACGAGGCCGUGGAGCUUUUCUGGAGAAUGAACUUGGAAGGCUUCCGUCCCAACGAUUUCACUUUCAGCAGCGUCCUGGGCUCCUGCUCGGUCGAGCAAGGUACUGUAAUCCACCAGUGCAUUGCUUCCAGCGUCUUUUCCUCCGAUACUACGGUGCAGAACGCGCUGCUCAAUAUGUAUGCCAAAGCCGGGAAGAUCCAGCGCGCAAAGGACUUGUUCGAUGGGAUCCAGAAGAGGACUCUGGUUUCCUGGACGACCAUGAUAACCGCGUACUCUCAGCACGGCCGCCACGAGGAAGCCCUCGAGAUCUUCAAGAACAUGAUCCUCGAGGGGUUUGAGCCGGACGAUAUCACCUUCAUCAGCAUUCUCAACGCUUGCUCCCACGCGGGACUGCUCUACCAAGGAACAUCACGCGUGCAUGAUCGAUCUGCUCGUCAAAGCGGGCUGGAUGAGUCAUGCGGAGGACUUCCUACGGAGGCUGCCCAGCCAUUCCGACCCGAUCCUGUGGCGGAUUCUUCUGAAUGCGUGCUCCAUGCACGGUGAAGUGGCGAGAGCAGCGCGGGUUACCGAGAUCAUGUCCAAGCUGGAGCCCAACGACGACUCGCACUUCGUUUUGCUGUCCAACGUGUACAAGACGAGCUUCUCUCAAAG